UCAACUGCAAUUCUGCAAACAUUUCCUGAAAUCAGAGAGAAUAUGAAGGCGAUGAGAUCGCUAUUCUUUUUACUAUCUUUUUUUCUUCAAUUCGUAGGUUUUUUAACUUGCUACUUUCAUGUUACUAUCUUUAAUUCUUCAAAGCGUUAUUCAACUAUUAUUAUAGGGAUUAGGGAGGAUGGAACCAGAGACAAAAAUUGCUUGGGUUUAGUAGAAAGAUGCGUGAAAUGCUAAAAUUGAAAGGGAUAUGGGAGUUUUGAAGUUAAGUUAGACUAGUUAUUGGUGCUUUGGAUAAAUUAUGCGUUUUGUGUUUCAAUCCAUUGGAAGAUCUUGACCAUCUUAUGAGCUCUUGCAAUUUCUAUGAUGACAUUUGGAGAAACUGUUAUGGAUGGCUUGAGAUUCAAUUGGCAGGCGCUGAUAUACUUGUGAACCACUCAAAUCCCCAACUCUACCUUCCUGAAACCCUAGAGGUGGUUCCAGAUUGGAAAAUGGUUAACGAUGUCCUGUGCAUCGAAGAUGGAGAAGUGGCAAGGCAAUUCGCAAGAAGAUGGGCAUUAGACACUGAUCUGUGGCUGCAGGUUCCAAGACUAAUAGAGGGAUUGCUCUUGUUGUUUUGGUUGUAUAACAUUGUUGUCUCUUGCUCGCUUCGGUACCUAGUCUUGUGUAAUACUCAAAUCACGUAUGUAAAAAGUGUCUAGAAAAAGCACCUACUCUAUGCAGAGAAGUAAAAUUAUGUGGAGAAGUGAUCCAAGAAGUCUUGAGAUCUUCUCUAUAAGGAGUUUUCCCACAGUUAAUUUGGGAAGGGAAGGUGCAUUCAGCAUAAUUAUAGUUCGAAAUGGCUGAAGAAGUUCCAAGGACAACGAAUAAUCAAGCUUUGAGGCGGAUGUCUUCAGAGAUAGAGGAUUGUGAUUCAAUGAAGCAAAACAAGAGAGGAAAAAGCUCUCUUCUGAAGCCACAAGAUUCUAGUUUGUCGAUCUGCAAAAAUCCUGCAUGUGAAGCAACACAAUCCACCGUUCCCGGGUUUUGCAAGAGGUGUUGUUGCUGUAUUUGUUGUCAAUUUGAUAACAAUAUGGACCCAAGCCUUUGGUUGAAAUGCACACCUGAGUCUGGUGCAGAAGGUUCCUGUGGCUCUUCCUGUCAUGUUGAGUGUGCUCUCCGACAUGGGAUGGUCAGGAAUGGCUCCUAUGCUUGUGCUACAUGUGGUAAAGUUUCCUCAAUAAUCGGAUUCUGGAAGGAGCAGUUAAAGAUAGCUAUGGAUUCCAAGCAUGUUGAUAUCCUGUGCUAUAGGAUAUUCUUGAAUUACAGGCUCCUCAAGGGUACAUCCAGGUUUUGUGAGCUCCGCAAGUUCAUUGAAUAUAUGAAUGCUGCGUUAGAGAGCGAGUUCGGUCCACUCAGUGAAGCAGGGGCCAAGUUUUCCCGUGCACGCACUGGAAGACUUAAUAGUUCUGUGCAAGCUCUGUGCAUGCGUGCUAUUCAAAAAGCUGAAGAACUUCAGACUUCAAAUUCCAGCUCACUUUUAAAUCUCAGUGCAGAGGGUUCGGUUUCUAAUUCCGUACAUCAACACAAGAAUAGGGCAGAUGCCAAAUCAGAUUCUAGAGAGAAGCUUGUCCAGAAAAGAGGAAAAGAGCCUCAAAGCGGGGAAAAAUGCAUGGGAGUCGGAGGUGUUGAGGCCGAGACUCUACAGGUUAGACUGCAACUUCCUGAUCUGAACGAGGAGUUUCAGGAGCCCGGUACAAAGACAAGCAUAGCAGCAGUGGAGAAGAGUGAAGGAUUGGAUGAGGACUUUGAAAACAUUGUGGGGAUGAUCCGGGGACUAGAGCAGGGUGGCCAUGUCAGUAUGGAGUUCAGGUUGAAGUUCCUGACAUGGUUUAGCUUGAAGGCGAGGGAGAAUGAACGUCGAGUUGUCAGAACGUUCAUGAAGACUAUGCUCGAUGACCCAAGUGGUCUUGCUGGGCAGCUAGUCGAUACUUUCUCAGCAAUCAUAUUCUGCAACUGACCUUGAAAGUUAUUUCCUGUAGGGUCUGCUAUUUCAGAAUCCUUGCCUAUUUUUUUGCAGAUUUUAUUCUACUUUCGGUUGGUCUUCGCA